UGCUAUCGUUUACUUAAAUCAAAACCUCGGGACAAAAGACAAGACUGACAUCUGAAAGGGGAUGGUCAGAAUAUACGUGAUUUGAGUCUUUGGUCACUUGUUGGCCAACAAUGAGGAUGACAGACACUUGCAUAAAGACACGGCUGAUAUUACCUAAACCUACUUCAGAAUAGAAGAUUUCUUUCUACGAUCAUAAGAUAGCUUACAACUGAUUAGAAGAAUUGAUUCCUCUGCGGCUCAUCAGAUCACUUCCUGUAAAAUCCCCCAUCUUUCUGUUUGUGAAAAAGAACCAGACCUCUUGGAAACUAUCUUCAUCAGACCUGGGAGUUUGAAAGAAGCAGGUGCUGAACCUUAGUUUUCUCCCUGAUCAAGAAAAAUGGGCUGCAAUCGAAACUGUGGGCUCAUCGGUGGUGCUGUCAUUGGUGCAGUCCUGGCUGUGUUUGGAGGUAUUCUAAUGCCAGUCGGAGACAUGCUUAUUCAGAAGACAAUUAAAAAGGAAGUUGUCCUUGAAGAAGGUACAAUUGCUUUUCAAAAUUGGGUUAAAACAGGCACAGAUGUUUACAGACAGUUCUGGAUCUUCGAUGUGCAAAAUCCAGAGGAAGUGGCAGCUAACAGCACCAAAAUUAAAGUAAAGCAAAGAGGUCCUUACACAUACAGAGUUCGUUAUCUAGCCAAGCAAAAUAUAACCCAGGACUCUGAGACCCACACGGUCUCUUUCCUCCAGCCCAAUGGUGCCAUCUUUGAACCUUCACUAUCAGCUGGAACCGAGAAUGACACUUUCACUGUUCUCAAUCUGGCUGUGGCAGCUGCAGCCCAUCUCUAUCCAAAUGCAUUUGUUCAAGGAGUACUCAAUUCACUCAUCAAAAAGUCAAAAUCUUCUAUGUUUCAAAACAGAACUUUGAAAGAACUAUUGUGGGGCUAUAAUGAUCCAUUCCUGAGUUUGGUUCCAUACCCUGUUCCUACUACAGUUGGUGUGUUUUAUCCUUACAACAAUACUGCAGAUGGCGUUUAUAAGGUUUUCAAUGGAAAGGACGACAUAAGCAAAGUUGCCAUAAUUGACACAUAUAAGGGCAAAAAGAAUCUCUCCUAUUGGCCAAGUUAUUGUGACAUGAUUAAUGGUACAGAUGCAGCCUCAUUUCCACCUUUCGUUGAAAAGACACGGAUAUUGCAAUUCUUCUCCUCUGAUAUUUGCAGGUCAAUCUAUGCUGUGUUUGGAGCUGAAAUGAAUCUGAAAGGAAUCCCUGUGUAUAGAUUUCUUCUUCCAUCCAAGGCUUUUGCAUCUCCACUUCAAAAUCCAGACAACUAUUGUUUCUGCACGGAAACAAUUAUCUCAAAAAAUUGUACUUCAUCUGGUGUGCUAGAUAUUAGCAAAUGCAAAGACGGAAGACCCGUGUACAUUUCGCUUCCUCAUUUUCUACACGCAAGUGCUGAUAUUGCAGAUCCUAUUGAAGGUUUAAAUCCAAAUGAAGAAGAGCAUAGCACGUACUUAGAUGUUGAACCUAUAACUGGAUUUACUUUACGAUUUGCAAAACGGCUACAGGUCAACAUGUUGGUCAAGCCGUCAAAAAAGAUUGAAGCAUUAAAGCAGCUGAAGUAUAACUAUAUUGUGCCUGUUCUUUGGCUUAAUGAGACUGGCACCAUUGGUGAUGAGAAGGCAGAAAUGUUCAGAAAGCAAGUGACUGGAAAAAUAAACCUCCUUGGCCUGGUAGAAAUGAUCUUACUCAGUGUUGGUGUGGUGAUGUUUAUUGCUUUUAUGAUUUCAUACUGUGCAUGCAGAUCAAAGAGAGUAAAUUAAGAAGCAAAUGAGCCUUUACCUUUACGCACCAGCUACAUCAGAACCUUUCUUAAUAUCAUCCUAUAAAAUGAAGACUCAAUAUGCUUUAUUUUUGCAAAACACACUUAUAGUUGAAGAACUGGCAGAAUUUUUUUUUUGCACUGAGCAGCAGCACAUUUUUAAAGGAUUAAGAUGUCAUUAAAAUCCAUACUUUGAAAAAAAAAAAACAACCAGCAUCUUUUAUCAUUCAACAUGUUCACAAUGGAAUGGAGUUCAGUUUUUACAGAUCCAGUUAUUUUUAUUUGGUACUGAUUCACUGAUUGGGUCCCUGUUGCUAAAUUCAGCAGAGGGGUGGAUGUUUUAAACAAAAAUCCUGGACCCUGAACUCUUGUUGUCCUCAUCAAAGGGAGAACAUCACUACCUUCAUCAGUGUCCCUGUGACACACAGACCCCAGGACUGUCAGUACAUUGCAUUUCAUGAGCAUCAACUAUUUUAAAAGACAUUUAGGAAUGGAAACGAAAUGACUAGCCUAUGAACCAUUUAUUAUACAUUACUUAAGUUUCCUUCUCUAUGGAAUCCUUUGUACAGCAUCAGUAGGCAUUAUAACCGUGCUGUCUAUAACAAUAUGGGCUUAUAUUUUUGUCAACUGUUAUGCAAAUGGACAUGUCUGGGUACUGUCAUUUUCCUUCUUCUGCACCUCCUCUGGAAAUCUGAGUAGAUUUUGAUCUUUGUACUCAUUUUCAUACAACUUAUGCUUGGCAACUUCAGAAUGCUGUGCUAGUAUUAAGAGAUGUAAAUGAUAAAGAAAUUACUGUGUGGGAGACUACAAAGAGUAGAAUGUCCAUUCAUAGUCAUUUGUUGUAAUAUUUCUUCCUUUCAUAGUCACCUCAGAAAGACCGGUUUCAAACAUUAAAAGAUGUCCUUCCUUAAA